AUUCUUAUAAUACUUAUUUACAUGCUCUACCACUACUACCUGAUCUUAAUCAAAUGAAAAAGCAAUUUAAAAUUGCUAUUUCUGACUCUUUGAAUAAAUAUUGGCUCGAUUUCUGUGAAGUUAGAUUGAAAGAAUAUAAGGAUUUACAGCACCUUAAUAUUGUUAGCAAUAAUCAACCAAAACAACAAACAUCAAUACCAAUAAUUAAUGAAAUAAUGCAAAAUCUAUUUUUCAAAAGUAUUUUUGAAGUACAAGAUCAAGAAGAUAUGUCUUUAGAUGAAGUAGUAGAAUAUCUAAAAAUUUCUCUUAAUAAUUAUAAUGCCAAUUCUUGA